UUUUUGUCUUGAAAAAAAAAAACAAAUUAAAUAAUUAGAGAUGGAAAAUAGGAGGGAUGGAAAGAAGAGGUGAAUGAAACAAAACUCUUCCACUUCAACACAAUCCUUCUCUCCCACCAACCUUUCCUUAAUUCAAAUCAAUGGUCUCUCCCAAUCCCACCUCUUCUUCUUCUAUCCACUAUUUCUAUAUCUUCUAGGGUUUCGAUUUCUUUCAAAACCCAGAAGUAAAAAUCAGAUUUCGCAGAUAUUGGUAUUGGGAAUUUGGAAUUAAGUUUUUGGAAAUAUGACGAUGAAUGAGCGGAAGACUAUUGAUCUUGAACAAGGAUGGGAGUUUAUGCAGAAGGGAAUUACUAAGCUGAAGAACAUCCUAGAAGGGUUGUCUGAGCCACAGUUCAGCUCCGAGGACUACAUGAUGCUAUACACAACCAUUUACAACAUGUGUACGCAGAAGCCUCCUCAUGAUUAUUCCCAACAGCUAUAUGACAAGUACCGGGAGUCUUUUGAAGAAUACAUUACUUCAACGGUAUUGCCAUCCUUAAGGGAGAAGCAUGAUGAGUUUAUGUUACGAGAGCUAGUUAAAAGGUGGGCAAACCAUAAAGUCAUGGUCAGGUGGCUUUCUCGUUUCUUCCAUUACCUUGAUCGCUAUUUUAUUGCCCGAAGGUCACUUCCACCCCUUAAUGAAGUUGGACUUGCUUGUUUCCGCAAUCAGGUGUACCAAGAGUUGAAUGGGAAAGUGAGGGAUGCUGUAAUUUCUCUGAUUGAUCAAGAGCGUGAAGGAGAGCAGAUUGACCGAGCUUUAUUGAAGAAUGUCUUAGAUAUAUUUGUUGAAAUCGGAAUGGGGCAGAUGGAUUAUUAUGAAAAUGACUUUGAAGCAGCGAUGCUUAAAGAUACAGCUGCUUAUUAUUCUCGGAAAGCAUCAAACUGGAUCCUAGAUGAUUCAUGUCCAGAUUACAUGUUAAAGGCUGAGGAGUGUCUAAUGAGGGAGAAAGAUAGGGUUUCUCAUUACUUGCAUUCCAGUAGUGAGCCAAAAUUGCUGGAGAAAGUUCAACAUGAGGAGUUGUCUGUAUAUGCCAACCAGCUGCUUGAAAAAGAGCACUCUGGAUGUCAUGCACUGCUUAGAGAUGACAAGGUGGAGGAUUUAUCAAGAAUGUUCAGGCUCUUUUCUAAAAUACCUCGAGGCUUAGAUCCUGUUUCUAGUAUAUUUAAGCAGCAUGUCACUGCUGAAGGUACAGCUUUGGUCAAACAGGCUGAAGAUGCAGCAAGCAGCAAGAAGGCAGAUAAAAAGGACGUGGUUGGCUUGCAGGAACAGGUUUUUGUCAGGAAGGUGAUUGAGCUGCAUGACAAAUAUCUGGCAUAUGUCAACAAUUGUUUUCAGAACCACACUCUUUUCCACAAGGCCCUCAAGGAAGCUUUUGAGGUCUUUUGCAACAAGGGUGUUGCUGGAAGUUCAAGUGCAGAAUUACUAGCAACCUUUUGUGAUAACAUUCUUAAGAAAGGUGGGAGUGAGAAACUGAGUGAUGAGGCCAUUGAGGAAACACUGGAGAAGGUUGUGAAGCUGCUUGCUUAUAUUAGCGACAAAGACUUGUUUGCUGAAUUUUAUAGGAAAAAGCUUGCUCGACGUCUACUUUUUGAUAAGAGUGCCAAUGAUGACCAUGAGAGAAGCAUUUUGACAAAGCUGAAGCAGCAAUGUGGUGGGCAGUUCACCUCAAAGAUGGAGGGAAUGGUUACGGACUUGACAUUAGCUCGGGAAAACCAAACCAGUUUUGAGGAGUAUCUAAGCAACAACCCAAAUGCAAAUCCAGGAAUUGACUUGACGGUUACAGUUUUGACAACUGGCUUCUGGCCUAGUUACAAGUCUUUUGAUUUGAACCUUCCAGCGGAGAUGGUCAAGUGUGUUGAAGUUUUUAGAGAAUUUUAUCAAAUAAAAACAAAGCACAGGAAACUUACGUGGAUAUACUCAUUGGGUACCUGUAAUCUUAUUGGGAAAUUUGAACCAAAAACCAUGGAGUUGAUUGUGACAACCUAUCAGGCUUCUGCACUGUUGCUUUUUAACUCCUCAGAUAGAUUGAGUUAUUCAGAGAUCAUGACUCAAUUGAACUUGACUGAUGAUGAUGUUGUUAGACUGCUCCACUCUUUGUCAUGUGCAAAGUAUAAGAUUCUAAACAAAGAGCCAAAUACAAAAACAAUAUCUCCUACCGAUCACUUUGAAUUCAACUCCAAAUUUACUGACAAAAUGAGGAGGAUCAAGAUUCCUCUGCCUCCUGUAGAUGAAAAGAAGAAAGUAAUUGAAGAUGUUGAUAAGGACAGAAGGUAUGCGAUUGAUGCAUCAAUUGUGCGCAUCAUGAAGAGCCGCAAAGUUUUGGGUCACCAGCAAUUGGUUAUGGAGUGUGUUGAGCAGUUGGGUCGCAUGUUCAAGCCUGAUUUCAAGGCAAUUAAAAAACGGAUUGAAGAUCUGAUUACUCGAGACUAUCUUGAAAGGGACAAAGAAAACCCCAAUUUGUUCAGAUACUUGGCAUAAAACAGCAUGCUUGAUCGUCCAUGAAUAAUGACUUGGUGACCAUUGUUGCUGCAAAUCACACCAAAGAGCGACUGUAUACGGUUGAAAUAGCACGGGUGUGUAUAAAUGCUGCUAGCGAGUGCCUCUUUGGUGAUUGAUUGGAAGCAGGAGCUGGAACCCUCGCAUAUUUUUCCUCCGGAGCCAGGUAUGAACAACUUCUAUAGAUUGUGUACCCACAGAUGGAGAAAUCUAAUUGCUUCCCUAAUGUGAUCCAAUGUGCCAAGGGGACUAUCAUGUAUCAUUUACCUUGCUGCAUUGAGUCUACCACAUGACUUACUUGUUUGUUUGUUAAUAAUUGUGCUUGCUAUUCCAGUAGAAGGGGGGGAAAUGUAAUUUAGUUCUCUUCACUUUACAUUUUGUUUGUCGGAUCCAGAAACUACCAGGUGAAUGGUAUGUCUUUGAAUGCGAGCAUCAUUACCUGUGCUAUUUUAUGUUUUUCAUUGUAUCACCUAUAAGAGUAACUCCGAGUUUGCAUUAUUUAAUUAGAUGGAUGUGUUGGUUAUCAAA